AAUACUUUCUUCUAUAGAAAAAACAAUUAAAAGGAACUAAAAUAUUAAGGUGUUAAUGACAUGCCGAAUACUCGGAUGCCAGGCUAUUCUCGACCGGUAUAAGCAAAUCUCUCUCUCCGUUUGGAGCUUCGAGCUCUAAGAAGACAAACAGGCCCAUAUUGGCAUUCGGGGUGCUCCGAAGCUUUCCCAGGUUCUGGUUUUGCUCAGAAAAGCUCAAACUCUCUUAUUUUUGAAAUAGAUGAAGAACACCAGCCUUUUUAUUCCAAUGCUUUUCUUGUUAUCGUUUUCCCUUCUACAAACAGUCCAAGUCUCCUCCUUUACACAGAGAAACCAGGUACUUCUUUAUGAGUGUGUGAGUGCCUAUACGUAUGAUAUUGUUCUUUACUUAUUUAGAUGUUGAAUUGUGCUUGGUAGCUUCAAUUUUGUAUAUUGGAUUAUGGGUUUUGUAAAGUAAAUAUUUUUAUCUAAUCAACUUGUGGUUCUAAUUGAGAGAACUUUACACAGAGUACAAAAAUAUGGAUUGCGUUUUUAUUUACGUUUGGAUUUUCCAGAGUUUGCACCCGUUAAACAGAGCAAAGGAAAGGUUUUGAUCAAAGGGGAAAGAUGUGUCUGAGCUUCACCCUAGCUUGAAUUACAUUUUACUCAAAUGCUAAAAUGCCUUGUCUCAGUAUGGUUAUUACAAUAGUCACAAUUUUUAGUUAUUUCAUGCAUAUGAGCAUUUUGUGAAUAUAAUUAUAUAUUUUUGCUCUAUGGACCUUCCAAAGUAACGCAAUUUUCUGCUUUUUGUAAACCAGGAGUUUCAAAAAUCUGCAUCUUCAAGAACCCUUGAACAAGAACACGAGCAUGCUCAUGAAGUACAUUGUUCCAGAGAAAGAAGUAGGGCAGCAUGGAAAAUUAUUGAGGAGUACCUGAUGCCGUUUCUGGAACAAGAGCACUAUGAGAUGUCAAGUAAGUGUCGACUUCAUCCUGACAAUGAUCUAUUUAGGGAUCAGGAACAGCACAAGAUUCAUCUGGAUAUAAACGAAUGGCAGUGUGGAUACUGUAAGAAAAGCUUCCGUGCUGAAAAGUUUCUUGAUCAGCAUUUUGACAACAGACACUACAAUCUUCUGAAUGUAAGUGGCAGCAAGUGCUUAGCUGAUUUAUGCGGAGCUUUGCAUUGUGAUGUUGUAAUGAAUACCAAGUCAAGCAAGACCAAAUGCAAUCCUGCAGCUGCUGCAAGGAAUCACCAUCUAUGUGAGGGUCUUGCCGAUAGCUGUUUUCCUAUUAAUCAAGGUCCCUCAGCACGCCGCCUUAAUGAAUUGUUCUUGCACCAAUUUUGUCACGCUCACACUUGCUCGAGGAAACAUAAACAUUUUCCUAGAGGAGGAAAGAAGCAAUUAAGUGUAUUCUAUCUGGCUAUUUCCAUACUGACUUUGAUGCUGCUCCCUAUUUUCUAUCUGAUAGUUUAUUUGCACCAAAGAGAGAUGAGAACGGGAACCCAAGAUCUUAGGCGCAUCUCAAAAGUUGGGCAGAAGACGAAACCCUCAUAGCAGUUGGCACUUGAAAUCAUUGUUUAAAUGAACGAUCAAGGACUGAUGAACUUGCCGUUCAACAUAUUUCCUUGUAAAUAUGCAUGUCAUACAACACACAAAGGAGUAUGCUGCAACAAAGCCAAAUUCUAGAUCACCAUCUUAAAAGCUGCUCCGGCUGUGACGUUUCCUACCCCUAAUAAAGGCUCUAAUGAAACAGAAUUAGGUGUAAACAAUUUAACUCUUCGAUAAAUUUAUUAUUUAUCAUUUCAAGUUUAUUGCAAUUCAUCCUCAAAACUAGUCAGUCUGCCUCAUGUCCCUUCGAAUGAAGGUAUAUUUGUGUUAAGAGUCUUAUUGUGAGUGCAUUCAUUUUCUAACAGUUGAAGAUUUGUUACUACUUAUAAGAGGUUUUGGCUGGCAAAUUUCAUACUAA